CUUAGAGACACACAAAUUCUACUUUGCCAUAUUCUAAGAAGUCCGUUUCUCGAUUCUUUCAUCCUUUCGUCAUUCCUUCUGUAUUGUGGUCACCCUUUGGUUUCCGCUUGCCCUACACCAAACACGGAACACGAAGGCGGGAUGCCAACGCCUUGACGUAAUUUACUCAUCUCAAGGCAAGAAGAUGCCAGCGAUGCGGGUAGCUGUCAUUGGUGCAGGGCCAGGCGGCCUGGUGACUCUGAAAACCCUCCUUGAGGCUUCCACUCCUGAAAGACCUAUUGAAGUCUGUCUGUUUGAAGCCGAGGAAGAUAUUGGAGGCACCUUCCAAUACCGCUCCUACGAAAAUGCAGAGCUCGUGAGCUCCAAGCAACUCACCUCGUUUUCAGAUCAUAGGUUCCCGUUAGAGACCCCAGAUCACAUCUCAUUGCCUCAGUAUGUCGACUAUCUUAAAUCAUACGUGGACCGAUUUGAUCUUGCGCCAUUUAUCAAACUUGGGUGCCGCGUAAGUAGGAUUACGCCACUCGCCCAGUCUUCAACUAAAUGGAAGCAUCGCGUUCAUUACCUAGAUGGUCGAAUUGGAGGCAAGGAGCGAACCUAUGACUGUAGUGAAAUCGCCAUUUGCACUGGACUCCACGUAGAACCAAACAUUCCCAUCAUUCCAGGAAUUGAGAAUGUAAAAGGAGAAGCAUUCCACUCAUCUCAGUACAAGCGCCGUUCUCAGCUUACAGGCCGAGAUGUACUCGUCUUGGGGUGCGGGGAGACUGCCAUGGACAUUGCGUACGAAGCCAUAAAGGCAGAUGCCACGUCUGUCACCAUGUGCUUUCGGACCGGAUUUCUAUCAUUCCCGAAAGCAUUGAGUCGAUUCAAAGUAUUCGGCAAACAAUUCAAAGGCGGUCUCCCAAUCGAUGGACUCAUCACCAAUCUCUUCGAGACAGCUUACGUGCAUCACGCUAUAGCGAGGAGCAGACUUCGCUGGUUCGUAUCUGACUUCGUGAUCAAACGUGUCUUAUGGUUCCUCACUGGGACGCAAGCGGGAAUGAACCAGCAUGUUGGCGGACUUCCUCAAGACCGGCUCGGGAGAGCCUACGUGUUUCUCAACAAGAGCUCCAAGGCCAUGCCAUAUCUCAACCGACCAUAUCAGGAGAAACAUCCUCUUGCUUUCUUGGGAAAUGGAUAUGUUGAUCCCCCAGAAGAUGCCAACUCGAAGAAAUGGGUUGAUACAUGCAGUUUCCCAGAGCAAAUUGACGAGACAGGAAAAGUCAUUUUCGAGGCACGACCGGACCGAAAGGACUGGAGAAGGCUGAAGAACGCGGCAGUGAGACCCAACUGCGUGGUCUAUUGCACGGGCUACAAGCAGGUCUUCUCGUGGCUUGACCAAUCUUAUCCUACAGCAUCUGACGCCAACGUAAGGAAUAUCAUCAACUCUUCUCAUCCUGAUAUAGCCUUCAUCGGCUUCGUAAGACCUGGUGUAGGCGCAAUUCCACCAAUUGCCGAACAGCAAGCCAUGUGGUGGACUGCCCUGCUUCUCGGUCGUAUGGAAGUGCCGAAAGACCCGCCUCAUUACCAUCUUCUCGCACGUAGGGAUGGCCGAAUUCAAUAUGGCGUCGAUCAUAGCGCCUAUAUGAGCACGCUGGCAAAAGACUUUGGGGGCGCACCAGGACUCUUCGAGCUAGGUCGAACACAUGGGCUACGUAUCUUACUGACAUACUGCUUUGGUGCUUCUUUCGUUACCUUUUAUCGGCUCAUGGGACCGUUCAAGUCUGCAGAUGCCCCACAUAUCGCAUCGACUGAAUUGGCGGAAACAAUCACCCGCCGCGGGAUGCUAGGUAACCUCUUCUUUGGCAUUAUCCCAAUGGUAUUUUAUGGCCUUCUCAAUGGUAUCGCCUUGACACUUGAGGUAUUUGGGUUCAUACCAAAGGAGGUUACUGUAUGAGCAAUCCUAGGAAAAAUAAUGCAGGAUGACUGCGGGAUGAAUGAAUGCCUCCAACA